AUUCCGAGUUUCUGAAGAAAGAGCUGUAAAAGCAAUAAAACGAACUGAGCAGUGAGUACUGCAAUCUGCAAUAGCAAUUACAAGAAAAUUAGCGAAAAAACUCUGCUGCAAAUUAACGGUCAAACAGUGCGUGAAAUUACACAGAGAGAUGCUUGUAUAAUACACGGUGUUUGAAAUUGAAGAGAGAGAAAGCGUGGGAGCGGAGAGAGAGAUCUGGAUGGGGUGGGGAUUGGCGAUCUACGAAGGAGUAGUGGUGGUUGGUUCUCUGUUACUGCUUGGUUGGACUGGGAUUUGGUUUCUCAAUCAGAGAUUAUAUAAAGAGUACGAAGAGAAACAAGUGCUUGUUCAGAUCAUCUUCAGCGUCGUCUUCGCUUUCUCUUGUAAUCUGUUUGAGCUCGUCCUUUUCGAAAUCAUUCCUAUUCUCUCCAGAGAGGCAAGAUGGAUAAACUGGAAGGUGGAUUUGUUUUGUUUAAUUAUGUUACUGGUCUUCAUGUUGCCUUAUUAUCAUUGCUAUUUGAUGCUUUGCAAGAACGGUGUAAGGAGAGAACGGGCUGCACUUGGAGGUAUCUUAUUCCUGUUCGCCUUUCUCUACGCCUUUUGGCGGAUGGGCAUUCAUUUUCCUAUGCCUUCACCUGAUAAAGGUUUUUUUACCAUUCCUCAGCUGGUCAGCAGAAUAGGGGUAAUUGGGGUGACUGUCAUGGCCGUCUUAUCUGGUUUUGGAGCUGUCAAUUUGCCAUACAGUUAUUUAUCUCUCUUCAUCAGGGAAAUUGAAGAAACUGAAAUCAAGGCUUUGGAAAGACAACUCAUGCAGUCCAUAGAAACUUGCAUUGCCAAGAAGAAGAAAAUAAUUCUUUCUCAAAUAGAGAUGGAGCGAAUUCAAGGGUCAGAAGAGAAACUGAAGGGUAGCUCAAUCUUCAAGCGCAUUGUUGGGACCGUUGUGCGAUCUGUCCAAGAUGAUCAGAAGGAACAAGAUAUUAGAAACAUGGAAUCAGAGGUACAAGCUCUAGAAGAACUCUCAAAACAGCUAUUUUUGGAAAUCUAUGAGCUUCGACAGGCUAAGGAAGCAGCUGCAUAUUCACGAACUUGGAGGGGUCACCUACAGAAUUUACUUGGUUAUGCAUGCUCAGUGUACUGUGUAUACAAAAUGAUAAAGUCGCUGCAAAGUGUUGUUUUCAAAGAGGCAGGUUCAAUUGAUCCUGUGACAAGAACUAUCAGCAUAUCCUUGCAAUUCUUUGAUAUCGGCAUCGAUGCCACAUUAUUGUCGCAGUAUAUCUCUCUCUUGUUCAUCGGAAUGUUGGUUGUGAUUUCUGUGCGUGGAUUUUUAUCUAAUUUAAUGAAGUUUUUCUUUGCCGUUUCUCAAGUGGGCAGUGGAUCUUCGAGCAAUGUUGUGCUGUUUCUAUCCGAAAUUAUGGGAAUGUAUUUUCUGUCAUCAAUUCUUUUAAUUAGAAAAAGCUUGGCAACUGAGUACAGGAUGAUAAUAACAGAUGUAUUGGGCGGAGACAUUCAAUUUGAUUUCUACCAUAGGUGGUUUGAUGCUAUCUUUGUAGCAAGUGCUUUCCUUUCUCUGCUUUUGCUUUCUGCACACUAUACAUCUCGUCAAGUUGACAAACACCCAAUUGAUUAAUUGAUUAGCUCCUUCGUAGAUACUUUUGCUUGGAUAUACUUUUGCGGUGACACUGUUUUUUCGCUGACAUCUGAAAGUUAGCGCUGUAGUGUAGUAUAUCAAGUCCCUUAGAGAGCUUUGGAGUAUGAAUGAUAUUGCCACAUUCAUCCUUGAGAUGGAAGGAAGACCCAUGUAAAGGAUAUAAUGUAUUUAUAUCCACUGCCAGAGCGCAGUCCUCGGACGUGUGAAAUGAGUAGUAUAUGGUAAAGUUCUCUUAGAAGAAGGGUUACUGUAAAGGCUCUCUUUUAGAAUGGUAAAUUGUUUUUUAAGUGAUGGUGGAGCUCUAGGCAAUGUGUGAAAUAUUAGUUAUAAUUAAUUAAUAUAGUUUGAGAUGUGUUAUAUUAUUCUUUCUAGAAACAUGUCAAGUGUAAUACAGAGUUGCAGACUACUUUCUCAGUGAUGACGGUCUUUUAUGAUGAAAGCUGUGGUUAGUGACUAA